AUGUGGCACGUGCCUCGCCUGCAAUUGAGGGCGGCAGCAUUGUCGAGACGGCAUUUGGUGCAAAAGACCGCUCUGUCGACAGAGGGCCGACGAUGGCAGACGACGCCUUCAAAAGCUUCUCUGCUGGACCACCAGCAUCUCACAGAAGAUGGCUCUACUGGCCUGACAAGCUAUGAAUCCGCCGAAGACGCCCAGGAGCGGCAUCGGGGUGCGUUUCUGACCUGGAAGGGCCUCCCCGAGAAGUCGAGGACGGAACAUGACUGUCCUCGGCCUCUUCUCAUAUCAUUUGAAUCUACACCCACCUUCACGCUGGGUCGUCGACAAGACGAGCUUACUCAAGACCAGAAGGCGCACCUGGAGCGGCCGUUGGACGUCCAUCUCCUGCGGUAUCCUCAGCCCAUCAAGAAGCUCUUUCAUCCUCAGGUGAAGAAGACCAAUCGCGGAGGUCUCACCACCUACCACGGCCCGGGUCAGCUUGUCCUUUGGCCAGUGCUGGACAUGCAUUCCUCCCUCUAUCCCAAGUAUAGUGUGGCCACGUUUGCCAGUCAUCUUGAGGCGACAACACAACAAUUCCUCUUAGACAUGUUUGACAUCCAAACGUAUACCAACCGUGAUGAGCCUGGGGUCUGGGUUCGGGCAUCCUCGGGCCAGCCGCGCAAGAUUGCGGCUCUUGGGGUUCACCACCGGCGGUACGUCACGGCUCUGGGUACGGCUAUCAACAUCGAUGUCUCCGUAAAGGGCGGCGAGGAUGUCAAUCCGUGGGCUCGGUUCGUACCCUGUGGCCUCGAAGGAAAGCUGGCGACAUCGGUUGUGGCCGAGCUCGGUAGUGCUGCUCAAGGCGUUUCGUUUGACUUGUCAGACUUAGCACGGCGCUGGGCUAGUAUAUUUGAAGAAGGGUUGAUGGAUGCGUCAAGAAGAGGUGCCGACCUUGGACGGUGACAUGUUUACGCGCUCUUGACAAGUAACAAGCGGAGAAGCGGAGAAGCGCAGAGCGAGCAUCACCUCGACAGAGAGCUGCAUAUACCUUCCUAUCGAUCGAUAUCAUCUCUCAAGAGGCUAUUCCUACCAUCUCCGAGAUCGACAGACAACGAGAUAGCGGAUCACGCCGCAGUGGCCGCAGUGGCCGCAAUGAUCCCAUGAAUCUGUUAUCGCCAAUCAAUCACACUCUCUGGGAAGCCUCUUGGAUGAACAACACAUGGACAUGUGACUCCUUCAACUCUGCCUUGCUUCCCCCACGAUCGCAUCUCGCCUGGAGAAACAGAGGAUCGAUUUAGCCGUGGCAGAUGAUACCAACGUCGUUAACAUCAUGAAACACUAUUACGUGUAAUCGCAAUCUGUCCGAGAAGAUUCUUCCCAGGAUAACAUUGACAUUAGCCUAUGGAAUUACUAUGAAUUUACGAGUUUCCCUUG